AUAGCCAGCCCUUUGUUUUUCGUCCAGCUGGCGACCUAAACAAACAAACAAAACAUUUCUUUUUGCACUUUAAAACAAGUUGGCUGGCUGACGGCGACCGUCGGCUUGCUCUGAUACGCGAGAAGUCGUCGGCAAUUUUAACGAAAGCUGCCUGAAUUCUCCACUUUGCAAAACCUCGCGACGGUCGAUGAUUUUCAGCUGCCUACUAGCUAAGAUUAGCUUACAAUUUUAAGUCAUUUUAUUCGUGUUCGUUGUUUUUGUUGUUGGCGGUGUUCCGCUCCCUCCACGCCCCCUUAUUUCGUGACGUUUUAACAAACUGUUUUUUGCAAGUUUAAUUUCUCGGUGAUAUUUAAAAAAUAUAUUUUUUGUUCUAAGCAUACAUUGCCGAACUUGCUGUGUGCAACGUCAUAUCGGGCUCAGUAGCCCUUGUUUACCUCGGUAUCUUCUUGUCACCAAGCUGCUUCAGCAGCAGCAGCAGACGGCUUAUCUGUAAAGUCUGACUUCAACUGCGACUGAAUCUCUGCUCCAUCUCCUUACGGGUAACUUUUAGAGAAGACGUCGGAGAAUGAUUUUCUUGCAUCUUUUUUUCUGCCAUGCACCUGCUCUCGACUGAAAGCUGCCAAAGCUGUGGUUAACGCGAGCUGAGAGAAGCUAGCAACAGAAGAAAGAGAACCAUUUGAUGGAAGAAAAGAAAAAGAAAAAACAAGAAGAAAAGACCAAGAAAGACAUUGCUCAGAAAAAGGUUGCUGAUCAGAAACCCAAAGUGCCAGAGACUGCUUCCACUAAGCCCAGCCCCGGCCCACCUCAACACCUCCGCCCUGCCAGCCCCACGCUGCCCCUCUCCUCCUCCUCCUCUUUUUCUGGCAAUGGCAAGCGCGCCUUCUCCAGUAGCCAACUCCCAACUCAGACUCCCCCUCAGCAGCAGUGCCAGUUGUCUUCUGUCAGUGCUCGCUACCCACCCAGAGAGGUGCCUCCACGCUUCCGCCAGCAGGAGCAUAAGCAGCUACUGAAGAGAGGCCAGCCACUGCCUGCAGGAGCCCUCAGUGCUCUGACCCUCUCCUCUUCCUCAUCUUACUCCUCUUCUUCUUCUACAAGUACCAGCAGCACUAAUCCAAACACAGACAUAUCCCCCAAGAGUGGUCCUGGUGCCCAGUAUGAGGCCUCUCAUUGGGGAGCCUCUUUGCCUGUUGACAGCUCCUUCAAUGCCAACAGUUGGGACAAAGUGAUAAUUGACGAAAGUGACACAGAAGCCUGGCCAUCCAUCAGCUGCAAUAGUGAUCCCAGCCACUCUAAAGAAACAGAAUGCCCCUUGAGCUCAGCUAGCUCCAACCUAGACACCAGUACUGUCACGACCACCAGUAGUAGUAGUAGUUUUCUGAGUAUGGCCACAGGUGCCACUGGCCAGCAGGCCCACUACCCUUCUCUCAAGGUUAACAGUAACAUGAUGACAGGACCAUCAGCCAACACACUUGGUAAUAGAGGCUGGGGCUCCGAUGGGAAACAAGACAGUAUAAAUGGUGGUCGAGGAGCACCCAAUAACUGGGGCUCUCCCAAUUUUAAUUUAAACCUCAAUCCCAAUGCCAACCCAUCUGCCUGGCCAGUUCUGGGCCACGAGGGUGGUGGAGGGGGUGUUGGCCCAGUGUCCAGCUCUCCAUCUCUCCCACCAGGUAUUAAUGGCAAUGGAAACAUGGGAAACGGGAACCUAGGAAGUACAGAUAAUAGUGGGGGAGGUUGGGUCAGUAUGAGAAGUCCCAACGAAAAUGAUCAACAUCCUUCAAGCAGCACAAGCUUGUCCUUCAGUAUGGAAUGUGCUGACCUUAACUCUGAUGGACCAAAACGCACUAAGCAAGCUCAGGAGCCUAUGAGCCCUAUUCAUGGUAUAACUGGCUGGGGAGGCCAAUCACCCACUGAAUCAUCCCAGCUCAAUGUGGACACAAAAAGCACCUCUUUAUGGGGUGGUGGAGAAACAAAGACAACCGACUCACCCAAGGACUCCGGCUGGGACUCUGCUCCUUCUGGAGGCCUUUCUGCUUGGGGUCGCCAAGGCAGUGGUGGUGGUGGUGGAGGUGGUGGAUGGGGUGACUGGGGAAAAUCCCCUGGAGUUGGAGAUGGAUCAAAAGGCUGGGACUCUGUAGAUGCUGGUAGCUCAGGUUCAGGCCAAGAGCAGCAACUCACUUCAUGGGGCCAGCAGCCUGGAACAGCCCCUGCAAGUGAAGGUAGUGGGGACAGCAGUGAAGGUCAAUCUCACAGAGACCGGUCAUCCAGCAUGGAUUUUACCCCUGUGCUACCCCGGCAGGACCUUGACCCUCGAGUGCUGAGCAACACUGGUUGGGGACAGACCCCCAUCAGACAGCACACUGUAUGGGAGAUGGAAGAAGCCAGUUCUGAUGAUGGAAAGAGCAGCAGCAGCUCAGACACCAUAGGAGGCUCCAGCUCUAAUGGUAUGCCACCAUCUACCAAUGGAGGUACCAUCAACUCUAACAUUGGGUCCAGCCAGAGGCCUGGGUCCAGCCAGAGGCCUGGGUCUGGGGGAAAACGUGACACUGUUGAAUCACAAUCUACUGGUUGGGGAGCCCCUCCACCUCAGCCAAUCAAGACUGGAUCCGGAUGGGGAGAAUCUCAGCAGUCACUCAGCAAAACCUCGAACGGCACUACAAGUAGCUGGGGAGACCCUUUGCCUACCAAUGGUCCUAAAAGUGGGGGCACACAAUCCUGGGGGUCUGAGGAUAAGUCACCUAGCUGGGAUGAUGACUUAAUGAAAAGCCAGCCCACCAGCUGGGGAGAAGGCCCUAAAAACUCCCAUGGUUGGCGCAGCAGUAAUGGUGGCACAAAUGGUUCCAAUACAGGGGAAUGGGGAGAAGGUGAGGCCAAGAAUAAUGGCUCCUCUAGUAGCAUGUGGGAAGGAGAAGGAGGCAAUGCAGGAAAUGGUGGAUGGAAGGAAAGCCCCAGGGGAGGAAACACAGGAGGAGGCUGGGGUAAGCCUCCCCCUACUGUUAGUAAUGGUACUUGGGGAGAAAUGUCACGUUCUAAUGGUCCAGUGCAAGGAGGCUGGGGAUCUUCCAAGCCUCAGGAAAGCAGCAGCAGUAGCAGUACUGGCAGUGGAGGAGGUGGCAGCAUUGGUUCUUGGGGUGGUCCUGGUUCUGUCAAACAGAAUGCCCCUGGCUGGGGCAGUGUCACCAAACAGGACCAAGGGAUGGAGCCCACUGGCUGGGAAGAGCCCUCCCCUCCCUCCAUCCGCAGGAAGAUGGAGAUUGAUGAUGGAACAUCCACCUGGGGUGAUCCCUGUACCAACAGCCAGGCUGUCAACAUGUGGGAUCGUAAGAAGCCCAAUAAUAACCCAGGCAGUAGUGGCCCACCCCCCAGUAAGAAUGGUGGAAUGAUUAUGCCCAACAAUAACAACAACAAUCACUCUAUUGGUCCUGGUAACAACAAUCACCAUCACACCCACAACAUGCACCACCAUCCCCAUCAUGGCCAGCCCCCAACUCACCUUCAACAUCAUGGAAACAACAAUGGAUCACCCAACAAUGCAGGCUUACAUGCAGGUGCUGGCCCCCAGGGUAGAGCCCCCCUUGCCAACCCAGGUUGGGGAGAGCUUCCCAGUGUUCAGCCCAAAUCAGAACCUGCUUGGGGAGAGCCAGCAGCUCCAACAUCAGCUGUGGACAAUGGUACCUCUGCCUGGGGCAAACCCCGAGGGGGAGUAGGAAGCUGGGGAGACGGUGGCCACGAGUCUUCUGUGCCCUAUGGUAGAGCCAAUGUACCCCCAGUUUCUGCACCCUGCAAGCCAGGCCCCAAACCUAUGCAAGAUAGCUGGGGAAGUGGAGGAGAGGAGAUAAGCAUGUCUACCAGCCAGUGGGAUUCCGAGGAUGGGGACAUGUGGAACAGCCCCAUCUCCCAGGAGAACAGCUCCUCAUGCAACUCUUGGGGCAAUGGGCCCAAGAAAGGCCCAAGCAAGGGGAAAAUGGGCAACAAGCCAGAUGAGACCUGGAUCAUGAAUCGUCUCAUUAAACAGCUCACUGACAUGGGCUUUCCGAGAGACCCUGCUGAGGAGGCUUUAAAGAGCAACAACAUGAACCUUGACCAGGCCAUGAGUGCUCUGCUGGAGAAGAAGACUGACCUGGACAAGCGGGGCAUGGGUAUGUCUGAUUACAGCAAUGGCAUGAAUAAGCCCUUGAUGUGUCGGCCCUCAGCUCUCUCCAAAGACCUCUCUGACCGCACUGCCUUUCUCGACAAGGAUGGCAUUCUGUCAGAUGAUGCUCCCCCAUCACCGUUUCUGCCUUCCCCCAGCCUGAAGCUCCCCCUGGCCAACAGUAGCCUUCCUGGGCAGGGUUUGGGACAGGGCAACCCGGGGCUGGCCAUGCAAAACUUGAACAACAGACAGUCACAGAUACCCAGUGGAAUGUUUGGCAGCAGUGGAGCAGCACAAACCCGGGCCAUGCAGCAGCCUCCGCAGCCACCUGUGCCACCUCUCAGCUCCUCCCAGCCUAGUCUACGUGCUCAAGUGCCUCAGUUUCUCUCCCCUCAGGUCCAAGCACAGCUCUUGCAGUUUGCAGCAAAAAACAUAGGUCUGAACCCUGCACUUUUAACCUCACCAAUAAACCCUCAACAAAUGACCCUGUUGUACCAACUUCAGCAACUGCAAAUUGCGUACCAGCGUUUACAAAUCCAGCAGCAGAUGAUGCAGGCGCAGCGCAAUGUUUCCGGGCCCAUUAGACAACAAGAGCAGCAAGUUGCACGUACAAUCACCAACAUGCAGCAGCAGAUCCAGCAGCACCAGCGUCAGCUGUACCAGGCGCUGCUGAUGAAGCAGCAGCAACUUCCCUCCCAUUCCUCCUCCUCUUCCUCCUCCGGGCUGCAUCCCCCUGCUGGAGGCCCUGGUUCCGGCAAAUCAACCCUGGACUCCUUCACAGGCCCACACCACGCUCCGGGCCUUGUCGACACACUGCACACCAAAGAGCCACCGUCUUCGCCCAACACAUACAGCACCUACACCCUCUCUGGACUGAAUCCAAACAUGAAUGUAAACUGCAUGGAGGUUGGGGGUAUGUCCCUGAAGGAACCCCCUCAGCCCCAAUCCCGCCUGUCCCAGUGGACACACUCCAACUCCAUGGACUCUGGCAACACCUCAAACAUGGAGAACAACCUCAAUAAGCAUGGUGCCAUAUCUGCUGCCUCUAACCUGGGCCCGCCAGGGAAGCCCCCCCAGCUUGAGGACUCAUACAGCCCUUACAAUCUGCUAUCUAGCUCUGACUCCCCGACCAGCCCGCUGGUACCACCAGACAGUUGGGGACAGGGCAAAAGCCCCAAUGAAAAGAUCUCCAAUGGGACUAACAUCAAUUGGCCCCCAGAAUUCUGCCCAGGUGUGCCAUGGAAAGGCCUUCAGAACAUCGACCCUGAGAAUGACCCCAACAUGACCCCCGGCAGUGUCCCUAGCGGUCCCACCAUUAACACAAACAUCCAUGAUGUCAACCGAUACCUUCUGAGGGACAGGACUGGAGGUAUGAACAGAAGUAAAAUGUCUGACAUGAAGUCCACCUGGUCCCAAGGUCCAAUCUCCCAGAGCCAAGCCUCUCUGUCACAUGAGCUGUGGAAAGUCCCCCAGGGGCCACGGAGCACCACAGCUCCCACUCGACCCCCACCAGGCCUCACUAACCCCAAGCCGUCCUCCACUUGGGGUGGCAACUCACUGGGUCUGGCUCAAGGCUGGAGUGGCGCAUACUCCUCUGAGGGGACCACCUGGAGUACUGACAGCUCCAUGAGGACCAGCAGCUGGCUGGUGCUGAGAAACCUCACUCCACAAAUUGAUGGUUCAACCCUGCGGACCCUGUGCAUGCAGCACGGCCCCCUGAUCACAUUCCACCUCAACCUGACCCAGGGGAACGCCGUGGUACGCUACAGCUCCAAGGACGAGGCCGCCAAGGCCCAGAAAUCUCUGCACAUGUGUGUGCUUGGAAACACCACUAUCCUGGCGGAGUUUGCCGGGGAGGAAGAGGUGAACCGCUUCUUUGCACAAGGUCAGUCACUAGGGGCAAACACCACUAGUUGGCAGGCCAACCCAGGAACCAAUCAGAAUCGGAUGGGAGGGGCAGCACACGCCCACUCAAUUGGCCAGUGGAGCAGCAGCAGUGGUGGAGGAAAGGCCAGCGGAGGCGACCUGCUGUGGGGCAGCGUUCCCCAGUACUCCAGCUUGUGGGGACCGCCGAAUGGAGAGGACGCCCGUGUGAUCGGGAGCCCGACCCCCAUUAACACCCUGCUGCCUGGAGAUCUACUGAGUGGGGAAUCCAUAUAGGAUGUUGCCACGUUACACUAACAACCAACCACCACCGUGUCAUGUAAGCCAUCGGUGGAUGGUGGGAUGGAAAAAGAAAAUACAAACAAACAAAAAAAAAUUUAAUAUGAACAGGAGCAAAACCCAAGCAAAUCAUGUGGCGAUAAUCAGUAUCAAUUUCAACUGUUUUGAACUGUGAAUUGUGAUUCAGAAGGAAGGAGGUCCCUACAACACAGACUUCAGGCCCCAAUCCUUCUGUUUUACUUUGUUUUGUUUUUUUUUUU